AAAAAAGCAUUCUCUGCGUGCAAGAUAAUCACAUCGAUCAACUCGUACGAAAUCUCAUCAUUACACACUCCCUUUUUUUCUUUUUCUUUUUUUUCUCUCUCUACAUAACAUAUUCACUACUACUUCCCCCCUCCCCUUUGCCUGCUUUAUAUAUAUUCACGGCCCUCCCCUUAUUUUUCUUCACUUUCUUCUUGCAUGAAUCUUCAACCAAUAUUUCUCUUCUAGCUCACUAAUUCUUCUUCUUUUCUCUCGCUAUAUCAGUUUAUAUCAGCUUUAAAUUCUAAGUUUGAAAGUAAUCGUUGCAUGGAUGGAUUCUUCAAGUGGACAACACCAGGAAAUGCCUUCUCAUUCACUGGAGAACAUGUUGGCUUGUUCAAAAGCACAACAAGACAGGAAGCCAAGGCCUCAACCCGAACAAGCUCUGAAAUGUCCAAGAUGUGAUUCAACCAACACCAAGUUCUGCUACUACAACAACUACAGUCUCACUCAACCCAGAUACUUCUGCAAAUCUUGCAGAAGGUACUGGACAAAAGGCGGCACUCUGAGGAAUGUUCCAGUAGGUGGAGGCUGCAGGAAGAACAAAAGAUCGUCAUCUUCAUCAUCAUCAAAGAGAUCCCAAGAUCAAUCUCUAACUUCUCCAAAUACCAACCCCCUCACCAAUCUCCCCGCCAUGAGUUAUGACUCAAACGACCUCUCUCUUGCAUUUGCUCGGCUUCAAAAACAGGCCAGUGGGCAAUUAGGGUUUGAUGAGCAUGAUUUUUCUAUUUUGGGAAACCCCAGCAACCCCCAUUGUGGUGAUAGUAUUCUUGGAAACCCUAAUAUUAACAACACUUGUGGUUCAACUCCAGUCUUUCUUGAUGCUCUCAGGAGUGGAUAUCUCGAUACCCAGAACAACUAUCAGAAUUUGUAUUAUGGGUUUGGAAAUGGGCACAGUAUGGGAGAUGUAGAUAAUAACAAUGUUGGUGGUGUUGGCGUCAGUGGAGAAAUGUUGCUGCCAUAUGGAGAAAUGGCGAGUACUAAUGCAACAACAACAGCCGUGACAGUCACAACAAUGAAGCAAGAGUUUUGCAACAAUAGAGAAAGCGAGAAUUCUAGGGUUUUGUGGGGAUUUCCAUGGCAGCUUAAUGGAGAUCAUCAUCAUCAUCAUCAUGGGAACAUGGGUGGUGAAAUUGAUUCAGCAAAAGAGAGCUGGAAUGGACUCAAUUCAUCAUGGCAUGGACUGGUUAACAGCCCUUUAAUGUAAAACAAAACAAGGCAUAUAAUUUCUUGUUUGAUCAGACUAAAAAAAAUCUCAGUUUCAAUCAAAAUCCCUUGAGUUUUUGUAUUAAGAGAUGUGAUUUACUGAAAUCAUCAUGCAUCUCCACUCCAAUUCUAUUUCCCAUUUGUUUUCUUUUCUUUUUUUUUGUUUUUGUUUUCUAGUAUAAACCAUAGGCUUAUAUAGGAGAUAUGAGAUUUGUUUAGCUAACAAAGUGAAGUGAUAUAACAUCGUAUGUAGUACUAUCUUUGAGAAAAGAGUGAAUGACUGAGCGUGAUGUGUUCAUCGUUUUAUGCA